AAUAUAACAAAUUAUUCUUGUUGUAUAUAUUUUUUAAAAGAAUCCAAAAGCAUGGCAGGCCUAAUCUUGAGAUCUAUGUAUUUGGGAAAUAAUUUUUCAAUAACUUGAAAAUUGCAAAAACAGCUCUCAGUCUUCGGUGUUGUAAAGAAGAGGAAGUAUGCAAUUUAAUAACGCAUUGGUUAAAUAAUAUCUUUAGAACUGUCACUAAUUGCAAUUUUGCAGUGUCCAUUCAUUUGUAAUUCUGUAAUGUGUACCAUGAAAAUGAUCUACUUGUGAAACUGUUCCCAUGGUAAUUCAAAAACAUUUUGCUCCUAAAUGUACAUUGUUUUCAGCUUAAAUGUUAAUUAUUUUAUUUAAUCAUUAACUCUCAACAGGUUUUAACAGUAACAUAAGUGACAGUUUGAUCUUUGUACUCCUCCUGUGCAACAACACAGAGCUCUAUCUGAACAAACACACAUCACAUGAAAAUAGAGCUCAUUGUUUUAUAUUACAGAACACAUUUUACACAACUUAUUCGGUACAUUUAGGAGUAUUUUGUGGAAAAUAUAAGACUCAGUGAGAACACAUGGUGGCGCUGCAGGUUAAAUGAUGAAAAACAGAAUUGCCUAUGCAGCUCCAGUAUCCAGCCAAACAAUUUCACAUUGCCUGGAAGCUAAAGUACGUUUUUCUUGGCCACAGCAAACAUGAAUCUGAAAUCUCUUUAAAACUAUAUUUAGUGGCAUAGUUUUGAUAUCUGGACUGCAGGACCAGGCUACCAGGAUUCUGGACAUACACAAAGCUCCUGUAAACCAAAUUUUCAUGAAAGAGCAAUGGAGAUUGGCUGGAUGUGCUAUCUGAGACAAAGGCAAGUCCUAGUUUUCUUUGUUUUGCUGAGCAUGUUUGGGGUGGGUGCUGAGUUAGGUCCCUAUUCAGUAGUGGAAGAAAUGGAGAAAGGCUCCUUUGUGGCAAAUCUAGGAAAAGACUUGGGGUUGGGAUUGACAGAGAUGUACAACCGCAGGGCUCGGAUCAUUUUUCAGGGGAACAAAGAGCAUUUGCAGCUCAAGGUUCAGACUGGGGAUUUGCUCAUAAACGAGAAACUAGAUCGAGAGGAGCUAUGUGGUCCAGCUGACCCUUGCUUGUUAUAUUUCCAACUGUUAAUGGAAAAGCCCUUAGAGAUAUUUCAGGCUGAACUGAGGGUGAAAGACAUAAAUGACAAUUCUCCCGUGUUCACCGAAAGAGAAAUGAUUCUAAGAAUACCUGAAAACAGUCCUCUAGGAAUUGCAUUCCCUCUGAGUAAUGCUCUGGACUUGGAUGUAGGAAGCAACAAUGUUCAAAACUAUAAAAUCAGCCCCAACUCCCAUUUCCGGGUUCUAACCCGCAAACUCAGUGACGGCAGAAUAUACCCUGAGCUGGUGUUGGAAGAAGAGCUAGACAGGGAGGAGGAGCCUGAAAUCGUUUUAACUCUAACGGCGCUGGAUGGCGGCUCUCCACCUCGGUAUGGGACCGCUCAGGUGCGCAUUGAAGUGGUGGACAGCAACGAUAACGCCCCUCAGUUUGAGCAGCCCAUCUACAAGGUGCAAAUUCCUGAGAACAGCCAUGUAGGCUCCUUGGUUGUCAUUGUCUCUGCCAGAGAUUUAGACAGCGGAGUAUAUGGAAAAAUAGCCUACACGCUCUUUCAGCCUUCAGAAGAUAUUAGCAAAACUUUGGAGGUGAAUCCUGUAACAGGAGAAAUUCAACUGAGAAAACAAGUAGAUUUUGAAACAGUUCAAUCUUAUGAGGUGGACAUCAAGGCCACAGAUGGGGGAGGCCUUUCAGGAAAAUGCACUCUUCUCCUCCAGGUGGUGGAUGUAAAUGAUAAUCCCCCAGAAGUGACCAUGUCUGCACUCACCAGCCCUAUCCUGGAGAACUCACCUGAGAUUGUAGUUGCUGUUUUCAGUGUUUCUGAUCCUGACUCUGGGGAUAACGGGAAGACUGUUUCCUCCAUCCAGGAUGACCUUCCUUUUCUUCUAAAACCUUCAGUCAAGAACUUUUACACCUUGGUAACCAAGAGAGCACUAGACAGAGAAGAAAGAGCCCAAUACAACAUCACUAUCACCGUCACCGACUUGGGGACCCCCAGGCUGAAAACGCAGCAUAACAUAACCGUGACGGUCUCCGACGUCAACGACAACGCCCCCGCCUUCAGCCAAACCACCUACACCCUGCGCGUCCGCGAGAACAACAGCCCCGCCCUGCACAUCGGCAGCGUGAGCGCCACGGACAGGGACUCGGGCGCCAACGCCCAGGUCACCUACUCGCUGCUGCCGCCCGCGGACCCGCAGCUGCCCCUGGCCUCCCUGGUGUCCAUCAACGCGGACAACGGGCAGCUGUUCGCGCUCAGGUCCCUGGAUUACGAGGCGCUGCAGGCGUUCGAGUUCGGCGUGCGCGCGGCCGACCGCGGCUCGCCCGCGCUCAGCAGCCAGGCGCGGGUGCGCGUGCUGGUGCUGGACGACAACGACAACGCGCCCUUCGUGCUGUACCCGCCGCAGAACGGCUCUGCGCCCUGCACCGAGCUGGUGCCCAGGGCGGCCGAGGCGGGCUACCUGGUGACCAAGGUGGUGGCGGUGGACGGCGACUCGGGCCAGAACGCCUGGCUGUCGUACCAGCUGCUCAAGGCCACGGAGCCCGGGCUGUUCGGCGUGUGGGCGCACAACGGCGAGGUGCGCACGGCCCGGCUGCUGAGCGAGCGCGACGCCGUCAAGCACAGGCUGGUGGUGCUGGUCAGGGACAAUGGCGAGCCGCCGCGCUCGGCCAGCGUCACGCUGCACGUGCUGCUGGUGGACGGCUUCUCGCAGCCCUACCUGCCGCUCCCGGAGGUGGCGGCGGCCGAGGCGCGGGCCGACCCGCUCACCGUCUACUUGGUCGUCGCCUUGGCGUCCGUGUCGUCGCUCUUCCUGUUCUCGGUGCUGGUGUUCGUGGCGGUGCGGCUGUGCAGGCGGAGCCGGGCGGCGUCUGCGGGUCGCUGCUCGGGGCCCGAGGGCCGCUUUCCGGGCCACCUGGUGGACGUCAGCGGCGCGGGGACGCUGUCGCAGAGCUACCAGUAUGAGGUGUGUCUUCGGGGAGGUUCGGGGACCAAUGAGUUCAAGUUCCUCAAGCCCAUUAUCCCUAAUCUGCAGUUUCAGAGCACCGGGAAGGAAGUGGAAGAAAAUCCCCCCUUCCAGAAUAAUUUUGGGAUUUAAUUAUUGCUAGGAACCUAUGUAAUAAAGACAUUAACUUCUAAUUUUUUUCUUGACUAAAUUGUUUAUGCCUGCCACCACAAAUAAGGUGUUGUUUAAUUUUCUCUAUUUGGUUCAUCCUCAAUUUCCAAUUUUAUACCUGUGUUCACAGGUUUCUUUACCCUCAUAUUUUAGUCCAGUGAAGUAUUUUUCAGUAGAAUCCCAGUAAGUGAAAUUAGUUCUACUUUCAAAGAUGAUACCAUUAACAUUUUCUACUACUUUAUGAAUAAGUGUCUUUAUUGGCUUUGUACUUAUAAUUUUCAUUUUAGUUUUCUUUCCAGAGCUUCUUCAGUUAUGAAAAUAAUGUGCAUGUGAUCUAUGCAUUUCCUAUUUGGUAGUUCUUCUCUUCCCUUUUAAAACUGGUAUUUUUGUUGGUUUAUCGACCUCAAUUUUUAUUAUAGCGAUUUUUAAAACUAUUACUUUUUUAAAGUUGUUUUCCCGUUAUUGGUAUUUGCAUCUUUAAAGUAUUUACAUUGUGUGAUAAGAUAAAUAAAUCCCUAAGAAGUCUUAUGUAAAAUAAGAAGAAACACCUCUGUAAGAUACUGAGUGUGUGUAUAUGUAUUUAAGUUUGGAGACAAAAACAAUGUUUAGAUGUUUUAUAGCAUCAUGUAGAAAUAUGUAAUCAUUUGUUUUAAAUCCUGUAUGAAAAAAAACAGAGAUUCCUGUUAAGGUUUUAAUGGCUAACAAAGCAGUCCCAUUCAGUUGGAAAAAAACUGUAGAAAUCGUCAGAAGUUUAUAUGGUAUAGAUUCUUCGUUUAGCAGUUAGAGUUUUUGGCAGUAUCUAGCCCUUUCCCUCUACAAUGUCCUUCAGUUUAAUCUCUAUCUCUUGCUUAUUAGAGGAAAAACAGAGUUAUUUCUGGAUAUUAGGCCUUUGAAUAAAAUUCUCUAUGAGGUAGAUGUUAUCAUGCUUUUCUUACUGUCGGUAGUGUUUGGAUAGGCAUUAUGCUGGUCUAUUCUUUCCCUCCCUUUUAUUUGGUACAGAGAAAUUAGAUCCCACCAGAUUUUAAUUAAGAGGAACUUUAAA